CCUGCCCGCACUUGUCAGUUGUCAAUGGAUCGCAGUGCGUGAAUGAUGGGUGUAAAAUGGCAGGUUUUUUCGAAAAAUUCCGUGUUUUAGAGUCAAUCCUCAAUGAAAUGCCGCAAAUAGCGGUCUUCGCAACAUGGGUGGAUGCAUAGGAGUGAGUCGUUCCCGGAGCGGCGCGAUCGACGAUUCGUCGGGGUCCAUCUCGAGGCCCAAUUCAGGUAGUACGCGCAAAAACCACCCGCUGUGCCAUGAAACCAUUCGCUGGAAGUCCGACGUGCCAUUGACCGAGGGCCAGCUCCGGAGCAAGAGGGAUGAGUUCUGGGACACGGCGCCCGCCUUCGAGGGCCGCAAGGAGAUCUGGGACGCGCUCAGGGCCGCCGCGGUGGCGGCCGAGGCCAUGGACUACGAGCUGGCGCAGGCCAUACUCGACGGCGCCAGCGUCUCCGUGCCCAACGGGUACCUGACCGAGUGCUACGACGAGCUGGGGGCGCGAUACCAGGUCCCCAUAUAUUGCCUUUCCUACCCCAUCAACAUAGUCAAGGAGGACAACGGGCGGGACUCGCCGGCGGAGUGCUCCGAGCCGGUCGACGGGGGGACCGAAACUGUGCUCAAAUUGAGAUUAUCGCACAAUUGUACUGACAUUAAGUUGGCGGUUUACUCGACUGAUACUAUUAGUAUGUGUAAAAAGAAGCUGCAGAGUCAAGAAGGCAUCGAAUCUUCGAGGCAAAGGUGGUUCUACGGGGGGAAAUUACUGGGUGAUAAACUACACGUAGAAGAAGCCAAAAUACCUCCAGGCUACGUUGUUCAAGUUAUUGUCAAUAUGGAAACCUCGCCUGUUUCUAAGCAAGCCUUAUAAAGUUGAUAAAUAACCUCACUGUCAACUACAGAAGAUUCCUGCUAAAGAAGUGGGUUAUUUUUAGCGUUAUUCUUGGAACCAACGUAAUGCAGUGCUAGUUUCAUGAUAUUCCAAAAAAGACUCAAUUCAUAUCAUUACUAGAAUUAGAGGUUGAUUUAAAGAGUGAAGUUUUUAUAUUACAGUAACAGCAAAAAAAAUUCCGCCACACUUCAUCCACUCUUGUUCUUUGCAUACACAGUUGGCGCAAAAGGGCUUCUCGUUGUAUGCAUUUAUUAUUUUUUGACUGACUGUAAUUGUUUUAGUUUUUGUACAGUUUAGAAUUUAUAUUGCUUUACGACUGGAUUGCUUUUUGUAUUAUAUAAUUUAAUUUGCUAAUAUUAAAAUUAACUUUUUUACGCAGCGUCACACGAAGGGAUGAAUUUUGCGCAGUCCAACUUUUGACUCAAAGUAGUGGCGCCAGAUGUCGCUGUACUAAUACGUAGCAUAUCCGGUUACUGAAAAAGACGUACUAUACACACUGUAAAAAUUCAUCUCUUGCGCGAUGAUAUUUUGUAUAUUGUGUAAGUUUUAAGUAAGAUAAUAUAUUUUAUUUUAAUUCCAUGACUGGAUCACUUGUUAGAUCAGCUGUCGAUAAUGUGACCGGAAAGUCUAUUUUUGUACACUUCGGUGUCAACUUCAUCGGCGUUCUUUCCUUGUUGUUUUUCGUCCCUUUUGCUUAAGUCAAGUGUAACGUCCGUCCGAACUCUUGCGCACAACUGUUGCUUAUUUCCUUUAAUAACAACACGGAUCGAUUGCUCCGCUGUAGCGCAAGUUGACAAUAGAACUAACGGUGAGAUUAUAUGAUGAUAAUUAGCGAAAAUCAAACGUGCAAUUUAGAAAAUCAAAAGUUCUUUUCUAUUAGGAUUUAGGCCUAGUUGAAACGACACUAACUAUACACAUAUCAGUGUAGUUAUCGACGAGAAGGAAAAUGACAAGGAAAGUCCGUUCAAUACUCACUAAUUAAUAUACAAUAAAAGACUGUAGUGGACGAUGUUACGUGGGAGAGAAAAUUCGUUCCUCAAGUUGGUCAACCUGACGACUCCCACGUCAACAUCGUCACCGUCAAAAAUUAACCAAUAAUGAGAUUUUAGGCAAUGUAAUGUAAAUAAAACGCAAUAAGUUUGAAAACAAGUGUUUUUUAAAAAAUACGCACCAAAUAAUUAUUACAAUAACAGUUUGUUUUAUGGUGGAUCACGUGAUAAUAAUGUAUAUUUUGUUUUAAACUAAAUGAAAUGGUAGUGUCGAUACUAAUUAUCAAUCAAAUAUCAAUAAUCUUACAAUAAAAGUUUGUUACAUC